AUGAAGCUUGUCUUCGAUACCCACCAGCAUCUCCUGCGAACGCUUAUUUUCUUCGAGGAUUUCCAAGCCUCCGUCAUCACCGAGAUGGUCUACCGCCUCAAGCCGAUGCAGCUCAAGCGCAAGGAUCGAGGCGAGGGCGACCAAGCCAGGGAAGCAGUGACCCAGUCAGAGCUCAUGUGGCUCGACGUGAAUGAUCUGCAAAACAUCGCUGCGGAAUACAAGACGGCGGAGAACACCAUCAUAGACAAGGCGGAGAGGCAGGGUGCGCUCCUAGAGGAAUGCCUUUGUCUAGAGGAAACCUGCGACGGCUCUGACCACCGACAGGCACAGGUGCUGGUGGACUGGACCCUUGUUCCGGCAGCGAGCAUACCAGAACUUAUGGGGAACGGUCUGGCAAGUAUCGUGCUGGACGCCAAUCGGCCGGAAGACGCCGACGACAGCGCCACACUGAUUCGCACACUUCGCCCGAUCAAAGAGAAGGGUGGGCCAAAAGACGGCGCAGGCGGUGGCGGGUUUGCCAUUAAUCCUCUCCAAACCUUGUCUGCCAUGGCCGCGUGGGUCGCGACCGCAGACGGGGGCAACGGAAAGGGGAGUGGCGGCGAUCAGGGUAGCUUCGUCGGGCAAGAAUGGGGAGACGAGGGGCAUAAGAAAAGCAGUAGUACCGCCGCGUUGUCGAGGGUGGGCAGCGUUGGUCCCGGUCCGGGAAGGGGAGGCGGUGGGUCAGUGGGCGGAGUGGAGGCGGCGAAUAAAAAGCGGAGGUCUGCUGGAGAGGUGGUGGAAGAGGAGGAGCGUAAAGAGCGGACACCCCCUCACAUGGAGGAAGCCCUAGAGACGGCGGACUGUGUGGCCAGGCGAUGGGUCGUCCUUCCAAACGCUGGUUGGAAGCAGAAAUGGGACACGUUUGGAGCAUUCCUGAUAGCCCUCAGUGUUAUCACCGUCCCGUUUCGUAUCGGCUUCGACGCACUCCCGGAGGGGGGCUGGGUGGUGGUGGACUGGGUGACGGACUGCACCUUUGCCAUAGACAUCGUCCUAAACUUUAGGAUGGCCUACGUGAACGGUCAUGUUUUAGUGACAUCCCCGAGCCUGAUGGCGUCUCACUACCUCCGCGGGUGGUUCACCACGGACUUCUUGUCCACGGUACCGUUCGACAGGCAAGCAAGACAGAGAAGAGGGAGGGUGGUGUGGAGACCCUUUCGAAGCAUAGGAUCGUUGAUGGACGCUUUUCGUUGCUGCUAUCCGGACACAAACCAGUUGCAUGAUGUCCUAUUCCGGGGUCUCAAGCUGGUGCUAACGCUGGCCCUUCUGGGACACUCAUUCGGCUGCUUCUGGAGUUUCGUGAGCCUGUCCGAAGAGACUAGCGAUGACGACAUAGACGGUGCGGCGCCCUCAACAUGGUGGGAGAGUCUGGGGUUGCAGCCGGAAAACCUGACGGGCCGGUACAUCGCCUCAAUUUACUGGGCUUUCACCACGAUGACCACCGUAGGGUACGGAGACAUCCUUCCUGUCGUAGACCAAGAGCGUGCCUACGCGACCAUCAUUAUGGUUAUCGGGGCGACCGUCUUCGGGUAUAUCGUCGGCAGCGUCAGCGCGCUAGCCAGCAACCCCAAUGGCAGCCAGGCGAGGGAAACGGUCAAAAUCCUGGCCGUCUCCAACUACCUGGGCGAGAAAAAGGCGGUAAAGAAGCACGUGGAGUUCUAUCUUCAGCACAAAACCCCUUUUCACGAAGAAGACCUACACACGCUCAUGCCCCCGAGCCUGCGACAGGAGUCCGUGCUUCAGGUCCACAAGGAUGUUUUGCGCAAAAUCGGUAUUUUCAAGCACAUGAACGCGAACCACACCGCGUACAUCCUGCGGCACAUGACGCCCCUCUUCACCCUCGCCGGGAAUUACGUCUACAAACCGAUCCACGAGAGCGACGGUGUCUACUUCCUGCUGACAGGGACUGCAGAGGUAAAAAACGGUGCACCCACGUGCAAAAACGACUCAAUAAUCUGCAACGUAAAAGGACCUCAAAAAUCGGACCCCGGCAAACCUACCUCCAAGGCGUUCCUCCAAGACAAAACCGGGAGUCAAGUGAGCCUCUACACCGUGCAACAGGGAAAUUUUUUCGGGCAUGAGUAUUUCUUGCAAGCACAAAACAACAUCAACAACCGCGAUAACUGCGGCAAUCGCAGUAAUCGCGGAAACUGCGGUAGCAUCGGUAACAGCGGUAGCGGCAGCGGCAGCGGGCGUGUCGGGUCAGAUGAGGGAGACCGAGAGAGGAUGGGGGUGCGCGCCCUCGUGGACUGCUCCAUGUACCUCCUAUCGGAAAACACCAUACUGCAUUUGGCAGAAACCCAGCCAGACUUAGCGACACACCUACAGCGAGCCCUGCGCAGGGCCAUCGUGCACCAGGACCUCGACGCUCCGAUCGACAGCAACGAGAUCAGCGCCGGGGUGCACGCCUCGCGUUCAAACCACAGCGCCAGGCCGAAUAGGAGCGUGUACUCCGCCCAGCAAUCAGGUCGACAAAGAGGCCUGAGCGAUCAGCAACACCACCACGACGUCGGAGCGAUGGAAUCGGGCGGGGCCGGGGGCGUGUCGAGGGUGCAGGCGUGGACGGGCGGGGGCGGGGGUAUCAGUGGUGGCGGCUCCAAGGUUGUCCCCGCAGGGUGA